AAAAAAGGUUAGAGAGAAUAUCAUUAUUAUGGGAUUUUCCCCAAAAACUUUAGUCGCAUUUUGUUGGACUGUUCUCUUCAUCAUAUCUUUUGUUCAUUGUCUUCCUAUGACUCAUGGUGGGAAACCGGGUUAUGGAAUAGAGCGAACAAUUAUUCGUCCGGAAUGGAGAUGCUACGUGGAUGAAGGGUGUCCUAAGGGACAGGGAGCACCCUGCGAAAAAAAUUGUAAAAAUGUAGCUGAUUACGGCAUUUGUAUUGGAAUCAAAUGUUGUUGUUUUGAUGUUAUACCUGUUCCUCCUACCUAAACUAGUACAGCUCUAUUAUAUAAGAUGAAACUAUAUAAUCAAAUGUAUUGGUAUCUGCUUAAUA